AUGGAGCAACAAGCAGACCGGAUACAGAGCGUCUACUACGCGUCUCGACUCUUGCGCUCACUUCAGGAACAGAAACGCAUCAAGAGGUCCCGCUUAUCCCUACCGAAGGACUGCUCUGAUCCAAAAUUGGAGCGUUUCUGCGCACACCUUGUAACAUGUUUUGCCCGAUCUGACUCGGAGAAAGACGCUGUUGCAGUCGUGCCUGGUCCCGUUAUGGCUCAUGAGGAGAUUUCUGCGAUUGUAGUCACUCAUUCUUUACUUUCUACUCCAGGGCAGUCCUCUUCAAUCGUCGAUAUGGGGUUCUCACAAACACUGCGGAAUGACAGAACACAGAUCGAACGCGGGUGCCGCAUACUAGAAGCACUUUUGGAUCGGUCCGAUGGGCACAUCGAAAGACCUGUGGACUUGGUUUCCUACCUCAAUCAACUACUGGGUUUUCUCACAGCGCUCAUCCGGCUGCCAUCGCUCCCCCAUCCGCGGUCGUCCCUGUUCGCGCAAUGGAUCGUCGUGCAAUGUCUGCCGAAGAUCACGACCCGCGUCCGCUGCAUUCUAGCCUGGUACGGGGACUGGAGUCGGAUCCUGAACUGGACACCCACGAAGAAAGCGAUGAGAACGAGAGAGCGACGAAUUCCGCUGGCCCAGGAUGGACCUCUGAGCAAGAUGCUGGAGACAGACAAGAUCGAAUGGAAGCAGAGCGAAGCAAGGAAAUGGGUGGCCAAGAUCUACGCGAUGUUCACCGAUGUCAAGGACUUGGUGAGCCAAGUUCGGAGCGAGGGUCUGAGCGUUCCAUCUGAAUACGUCAAGAGACUCGACCGGAGCUUGUUGGCUCUGAUGAUGUUGCUCAAAGCACUCGAGCCGUGUUUGAUGGAAUUGGAUUCAUUCAACGACGCAGUCCAUGCCCAGAUUGCACAAAAAGAGAAACCCGACAUCGACUUGGAUAUAUGGUUGAUCGACAUGGGCAAUUCGGACCUUCUAAGUGACGGGAGAGAUGAGCGAAGAGUCGCGCCCAUCCACCCGGACUUUCCUCCGCCGCCUCGCGGCCUUGUGCCAAUUUCGGUCUCCAGCCGGCAUAUGUUCACGAUGUUCGAAAACGUAUUUGAGCCAGACACGAGGAUCGCGUUAACAGUGGUCACGCCCCCUCGGUCGCCAGUCGAGCAGCUUGCGAUUGAAAAACCUGUCAACGCCAACGAACCAAGCGUUGAUGCAGACGAUCUGGUGCGGCGAUGGCAGAAAUCCACAGACUGGGACCAGAAAAGCGUCGGCACCGCGAAGAGACUGCUGCACAGCAUCUGUCAGGAGAGCGAGCAUCAUCUGCAAGGCCGAGUCCAUUGCGAGGCUGCAGCGUUGGCAUCGUCUCUGCUCUGUGUCCAGCGCGAGACUUUGCAUGCGUCCGUCCCCGAGCCCGAAUGCAUGAAAUCUGCCUUCGAGGUGUUUGAUUAUACUCACUUCCCGACCACCGAUACGAUCCCAAUCUCGCUUUCAACGGCCUGUUGCGCAUUGUGUCGCAUACUGAGCCACGAGCUGGGAGCCCACUACAAACCGGCCCGCACGGCGAGGCCGCCGGCCUUCUCUCUGCUCGGAUAUGCCAACGAAACACAGUCAGAUUGGGUCAUGCCCCAUUGGCUUCCCGAUAAAAUAGCAGCCGAUCUAGAGCGAAAAGUCGUCGCCCAGUUGAGACAGGCCCUCGCCGACUACCAGGAGCCACUGCAAGCUAUGGUCGAGCCAGAAUCGGAUGUGGACGUGGAUGCAGAAUUCGGAUUGGAAGAUUUGAAAGCAUGGUACAAAUCGUCCAAGCGCUGA